GCGGCGGCACGGCAGCUGCGGCGUCACAGAUUCAGAUCUGUGACUAAAGACUGAAGUGACUGAAUCACAGACGGAAGACUUUAUUGUCUUUAACUGUGUGUUGUUUGCAGAGUAACGUCAGUAACCGCCUUCGCUGUGAACCGACAGUUUCUCUGGUAGGGGGUCGUCCCUGGUCUGUUAUCUGUUACUGCAGCAGACAGUCAUCACUGUGAAUCGUCGGUUACCUCAGUAAAGGCUCGUCUGUAAAAAUGGGUGACCUGGAAGAUAUCAGCCAACAUGUUUCUGACAAAAUAUCACUGGUUCAACGCAUGUUGGAUUUGUCCGUGAUUGAAUUACCUCAACAUAAGGUAAAGAAACUGGAACUGGAGCUUUUUGCCAUCACGAAACUUCUGGAGGAUUUUGAAGAAUGUGUUAAUGAACAGAAAAAGCAUCUGAAGGAUCUCCAGGACAUUGAUGAGUCCUACCAGAGAUCUCUGAAGACCGUCCACCACAUGAAGGGCAACAUACCUCUCCACAUUCCCAGGAAGAAAGACCUGGUCAAUGGGAACGAAGCCACAACGAAGCAGAGCGACGCAGCAGAUACUCAGCAACCUCAAGCAGAGACGGUUAAAAAGACCAGCAAGACCGUCGUCAAAGAGAUGGAGUUUGUCACCAUGGCAGAGUUUGAGAGCAUCCCUCAGUACAUGAGAGGACGUGUAUCAUAUGACCAGCUCAAUGCUGUGGUGAAAUGCCUUAACACCACUGUAACAGCCAAGUACAACAUCCUCCACCAGUCCAUGAAAACGCUGACCAAUCACUCGCGGAAGCUGCAGUCGCGCUUCAAAGAGCAGGAGACCAAAGACACUAAAGGUCAGUUUUUCGUCGUGGAUGAGGACAUUCGUGAAUUCACGCAGAUGAAAGUGGACAAGCGCUUCCAGGGCAUCCUGAACAUGCUGCGACACUGCCAGCGUCUCCGGGAGCUCCGAGGGGGAGGGCUCACCCGCUACCUUCUCCUGUGAAGAACAUUAUUGGCAACUGAUGUUUGUGUAUCUGGAACACUGAACUGCAUCUCUUUAUGGAGAAAUGAGUGUGUACAAACUAAAAUAAUAUAAAAGUAAGAUGAUCUUUCCAGGUAUAAUUUUGAAACAGUUUUCUUCUUCAGUUGUUUUAGUCUAUUCUUAAGAAUGUCUAAACAUAUACUCUUUAUAUUGUUCUGUUGUCUGAAUCUGAACUUUGUAAUGGAAAGAAAACUUGCCUUUGUAUUCUAUAUUCCUGUCUUGUGUUUAGCAGCAGGUGGCAGGCUAAAAUGCUUCACUACCACCACUAUCACUGUCAGUGCUCGGGCCCUAAUUAAACAGCCCAUGUUUAAAGCAGUUUUUAUAAACAUAUUUACAGCCUGGUUCACAAAUAGCUUGGGUUUGUAUUGUUUAAUUUCACAUCCAUUACAGCAUAACUCAUAUGAGCUGUAUUAUUUUGUUCGAGAGUCAGCUCAGCCAAUGGCUAUACCAGAUGUCGGCAGCCCGCGACUCUAGAGCCGCAUGCGGCUCUUUAGCGCCGCCCUAGUGGCUCCUGGAGUUUAAAAAAAAAUGUUUGGCCUUUUUUUUCCUCUUUCUUUUUUCUUCUUUUUUUCUCCUUUUCCUUGCCUUUUUAAUCUCAAAAUGUCGACCUUUUUCUCGAAAUGUUGACUUUGUUUCCUCGACAUUUAGACCUUUUUCCUCUACAUUUAGACCUUUUUCCUCGACAUUUAGACCUUUUCCUCGACAUUUAGACCUUUUUCUCGAGAUUGUACUUCAACAUUAAUCUCGACAUUCUGACAUUUUUCUCAAAAUUUUGACUUUCUCGACAUUUAGACUUUUUUCUCGACAUUUCGAUUUUUUCCUCGAGUUUGUACUUCAACAUUAAUCUCGACAUUUUGCCUUUUUUCUCGACAUUUCAACUUUUUUCUUGAAGUGCAAAAUGAAAAAAAUCUCUCCCCAGUUAUAACUAAUAUAGAUACAUGCAGCAUGUGUUGACUUUUCAUUUUUUGCGGCUCCAGACAUAUUUGUUUUUUGUGUUUUUGGUCCAAUAUGGCUCUUUCAACAUUUUGGGUUGCCGCCCCCUGCUGUAGGAGAACACCAACAUGAUUAAUAAGCCAACAGCACAAUAAUUAAAACAUGGCAAAAUAAGUGAGCAAUAUACAACAUGUCAUUCUGUAUUCAAUAGAUAUUUAGCUUUACUGAGGACUGAGAUACUUGUGGAUAAAUUAGCUUGGACAUGUAGAAUGUGAGGUUUCCAACAGAUCUUGUGGUCGAUCAUCACACCCAGAAACUUUGAUUAACUCUGUCUAUAUAUACACCUUCUACCCCGACGUUUAAAUCACAGUUCCCCUUACAAUUUCGCCAAUAACAAAAACUUUUUGUCCAAAUUUAAAGAUAGUUUAUUUACAUCAGUUCUGAGGUGAUUUCCUCCAUAAGCUGCUGUAAAUUCUCCCCUUCAAAGAAAAUAUUUGUAUCAUCAGCAAACAGAACAAAUUGUGGUACUUUUGAUACUUUGCAUAGGCUAUGUCAUUUAUGUAUUGAAAAAAAGAGUUUUAAAUCCCAAUACUGACCCCUGGGGGCCAACAUAAACAAUGUCCAAGCAUGAUGAUUGAAAGUCAACUAUUUUCACAAAUGGUCUGGAAUA